AGGCUGCGAGACGUCCACGUGGAAACUCGUUCGGUUUCGGAGGGCGACGCACGGUUCACGUUCGAGAAAUGUCCCAAAAUAACCUUCUGCAAGGAUACAACUGGGAGACCCAGUAUGAAGAUUCGCAGGAGCAAUUCCCUCGUCCUAUUCCGGACGAGGUUAUCAGUGUUUAUGAAGUUUAUGUGAAAGAAGAGAAUACAGGUUCUGAUGGAAGGAACGAUGUCACUGUUGUACCUGGUUUGUCUUCUGCCAAUGAACAUCAGUUGAUUCAAAAUGAUUGCAUGAACCUAGACGUUGCCAUUGAUUCUGAAGUGAUCAACAUCGACGACAGUGUAACGAAAUUUCUAGGGAAAGAUGCAUUUAAGUACAAGAUACUGGACCAAAAUAUCAAUGUGCCGGAAGACAAUGUUAUGGUGUACUCACAUCCAGUGGUCGAAGGUCCAUCGUCAUCGUCUACUCACAUGAUCGACAAAGAUGAUCCAAGAUCGAAGCUCCAUUUCGUAAAAUAUCUGAAACGCGAUGGGAAGACUUUGAAAAUUUGGGAGUGCGGGAUCUGUUCGAAGGAGUUCCGGCAUCAGUACACGUUGAUGAGGCAUUUGCCGACCCACACCGACGAGAGGAACUUUAAAUGCGAAGCUUGCGGGAAAGCGUUCCGGCAGCUAUCGACACUGAGCCAGCACAAGGCGAUACACAGCGACGCUCGGCCGUACGUUUGCGAAUUUUGCAAGAAAACUUUCAACAGGGUGUCCACGCUGAUUUCCCAUCGGAAAACGCACUCCGAACAUAAGCCGCACAAGUGCCAAGUUUGUGGGAAAGGAUUUCAUCAAAAAGGCAAUUUGAGGAACCACGUGUUUACUCAUACGAACGAGCGGCCGUACAAAUGCGAGCUUUGCGGCAAAGGCUUCAAUCAAAUGUCGAAUUUGGUGUGCCACAAGGUCAAAGCGCAUGCACACGCGGAGAAAAUGCAGUACGUGUGCGGAAUCUGCGGCAAAGAGUUUCCGCGUCGAUUCUCUUUGAGAUCGCACGAGGAGUACAAGCACGGCAUAAAGUAUCGACAUCCGGCCGCCUCUCAGCCCGAAAUGAACGAUCCAAACGUCAUAAGAAAUAAAAAUGUUAGGAUCGUUCAACUGCCGAACGGCGAUCGUAAUCAGACCAUUGAAAUUAGGGACAAGGACCCAUUGCUUGCGUCGGAUGUCAUGGAGUCCGUCGUGAUCGACAAGAUCGACACGAAAGCGAUGGAGAUGGCGUUACUCGAGAACCAAACGCCAUUUGCCCUCUUCAAGCCUGCCAAGGGAAUUCCUGUCCUUGUGAAAGUCUCACCAACUGGAACCCACAAAAAUAUCUUGACUCCAGCGACAGCAGAAGAUCUACGAAUAACAGGAAAGAUGACUCUGAGCCCAACGAUCACUUCCGACGUCGACAGGAUCAAAGCUGUCCAGAUAAAGGUGCCCGUAGUGGCCACUGUCAUUCAGAACGUCGAUCCCGAUGGAAAAAUCAAUUUCAUCGUUGAACCACCUGGUCCGGAAGACGAACACGAGAGCCUAGUCACGGCAUUGGAUUCCCAGUUCACGUACGGUGAGGCCCCAAGAAACGAGCCGAAUCGCCAGAAUGGAACCGUUGUAUCCUCGACGAUGGAGGAUUGCAACGAGCUGCUGGAACUAGCCGCCCAGGGCGGGAUACAAUUCGUGCGAGCCACCGAGGAUGGUCGUUACGAGGUGAUGACGAACAGCGAGGCUCGGGACUUGAUGGCGCAGAAUGCACAUGACGUGACGAUCCUCGACGGCGACGAAGCGGACGCGAUUAAUCUGGUGAACACACGCGGCAACGGGGAAGUCAUCAUCGGGGAUUCGGAUAAUCAGAUCAUGGUACUUCACUCGACUUCGACGCAGAAACCCAUGCCGAUGGACGGCAUCGAGAUUCUCGAGGACAAAGACAUUAGGAUCCUCGAUAUCAAGAGCCUCGACGACCGUUUCGUGGACGGCAUCAGUUUCCUCUCUCAGCCGAAAAUCGAUGAUUUGAUUCUAGGCCCGAAAUCAUUGUCCAUCGACGCUGGACUGAACGUCAGCGAACACGACGACGAAGGUAUAGGAGUACCGUCGAGUCAGCAAGAGUUAACAAACAUUCUCAGCCAUCGAAGCGACAUUUCCACUUUGUCAACCACCUCCCAACCUUCGAUAUCCUCCUUGUUAUUGAAAAACCAUCCCCCAUUGUCAAUCCUAAGUGAAACGCUUCCGUAUUUGAAGAGCAACAAUAGUUUAACUGAGGAUCUGAACAUUCUCGGUAGUUCAACGAUGGAGGAACAUCAUUCGGUCUACGAUAGCAAGAUGAAAUUGUCAUCCGUUUUCGACGACACCGAAACCGACGGGAGUCUGAUACCAAUUAGUCAAUCGGACAUGAAGAUUCUCGGACCGACGCAUCAUAAUGCAAAGGUUCUCGGUAAUAUAACGAACAGUCUGCCGUCGUCGAAACUGUUCCCCGGCGUGGGCGAGGUGAAAAUCUUGGGCCCAAAGCACCAUACUCAGGACAUGAUGGCGUCGCAGUAUUCAAACGUGAAAUUACUUACCCCGUAUGAACAGUUUUUGAAAAACACCGCUGCGAACACGAACGGCUGCGACACAAACGUCAUGAACACUUCCAGCGGGUGCAGGAAGGAAGUGAAAAUUCUAGGGAAGAAAUUGGGAACUGGCAUCAUCACUAGCACGGAAGGUGGCAACGUUGUUGAAGUUGUCGAGGAGAGAACUAAACUGAUGAUGGAUAGCGAGGGACUGGGGCUUUGCAACAGUGCAGAGAGCACAGUAAUCUCGUCACCCCGUUUGGACAGGGAACUCACCGGAAGUAGCGGGCCCGACAGCUUCUUGAUUCAAGCCUGCAGUCCGUGCGGCUCGGACUUUCUGAAUUUCGAGAACCGACUGAAAGACGCUGUCUCACCCGGCAGCCAUUUCGAGCGAGCCCAAAAGGAUUCCAGAGACAGCUUCAGCUCCAACGGCGGUCUCCCCGAUCUCGAUUGA